CAAUUGGCGCCCUCCAACCAAUACUCUCAAAAAUUUCCAAAUCCCGGGAAUUCACUUCCCCCGCUAGAUCUUCAAUUCAUUUCCAAUUCCAUUCAAUUGUGUUUAAUUUCUCCCGCCACUCCAACAAUAACAAAAACACAAAAAGAGGAGGGAAACGAAACGAAAUUCAAAAAACAUCGUCAAAACUCAAAACCACACUGAGCUCUUAUUUUAUAGAAAAAAAGAAGAAGAAGAUAGAAAAGACAAUCCAAACUCAGAAACACAUUACUUAUCAAUAAAUAUCAUCUCUGUUUUCUCUGUGUUUUUUCAAAUCACUGAAAACAUUUUACUCAAAGUGAAAAAAGAGAAAAGAAGAAAAUAUGGCCGUUGCUUCUGAAAGCAAAGUAGUCUCUGCAAGGAAGAGGAGGCAUGUAGUAGAAGUAGUUGAGGAUGAAAAUGAAAACGAAGUAGUCGACGCCAGUGAGAUUUCCAAAGCGAAGCGGAUUUCGUGCCCCGGAGUUCGCGUUAAAGGGAAUCGGAUCUACGAUUCCGAGAACGGGAAGACCUGUCACCAGUGUCGUCAAAAAACAAGGGACUUUGCGGCGCCAUGUAAGAACAUGAACUUGAACAAGCUUUGUACCAUAAAUUUCUGUCACAAAUGCCUUCUGAACAGAUAUGGAGAGAGAGCAGAAGAUGUGGCAAUGUUGGGUGACUGGAAAUGUCCCAAGUGCAGAGGAAUUUGCAAUUGCAGUGUCUGCAUGAAGAGAAGAGGUCACAAACCCACUGGUCAGCUAGUCAUAACAGCCAGGAAAACGGGAUAUUCAUCUGUUUCAGAGAUGCUGAAUAACAAAGAUUCUGACAAUUUGGUUCAUCAGAAGGUUGUUGAAAACAUUGGUGUUUCACCAAAAAAGCCUGUUGCUUCAAACAAGGAACCUGAAGCCAUUUCACCAAAGAUACAGGGUAAGGAAAAUUCUUUUGAUGCAAAGACUGAUGCUAACUUGAAUUCUCAGAUAUCAACACCAAACACUGUUGAAAAGAAGUCAAAGAAAACAAAGCGGGAGGAAUUGAAGGAAAUAUCUAAUGGCAGCAUUAAUGAUGAUGCUCACCCAAAGAAAAGUAGCCCAAAAAAGCCAAAAGUUUCGGAGGUCUCUAAAAAAGAAGCUAAAACAAAUGGAAAGGACAAUGGUGUCAUCUCUAAGAAAAAUAAUUCCAAGAUACGUGUUUCAAAGGAUAAAAAAGAAGAGAAGGAUGGUAGAACUCAGAAAGAUGGAGGAGCUUCAAGUGCUGUGGGGAAUGACAAUGCCAGGGUUAAUCCCAAGAAAGUCCCUGUGUCAUGUAAAGUUGAUAAUUGUACCAUAAUUCUUGAGAACAAAGAAUAUGAAGUCGAUAUUCCUUUGCCUCAAGGUGCCAGCUUAAUGACUGUAGCUGACAUUGAUUUACCUCCAGAAGAUGUUGGACAUGCAUUGCAAUUUUUAGAAUUUUGUGCUUCUUUUGGAAAGGUUAUUGAUGUGAGAAAAGGACAAGCUGAAUCUUUACUUCGGGAAUUAAGAUAUGGACGACGUGGAAGGCGAUCACAAUAUUCAAUGAAUGUUCAAUUUCAUAUCCAGCUCUUAUCUUUGAUACAAAAAGAUGUGGGAGAAGAGCCUCUUUUAUCAAGUCCAACGAAUGGAAGAGAGUCAUGGUGCCAAGCUCUAGGGAAAUUCAUCUCUGAAUCGCCCUCUGUAUUGAAUGAGUUGCUCUCAGAUAGUUUCAAUGGAGGUGUUGAUGAAUAUGACAAGCUAGAUUUCUCUAUGAAACUUAGAAUCUUAAAUUUUCUUUGUGAUGAGGCUCUAGGCACUGUAAAAUUGAGGAGUUGGAUUGAUGAUCAAAAUUCAAAAGUUGUUGGAAAAGGGAAGGAAGCAAAAGAAAAGCUUCUUGCAGCAAAGGAUAAGGAGAAACAUCUAAAGAGGAAGUUGCAGGAUGAGGUGGCCAAAGCAAUUAUAGCAAAAAGUGGUGCUCUUUCAAUUGCAGAGCAUGAUGCUAUUGUUUCACAAAUAAAAAGUGAGGCAGCUCAGGCUCAUGCUGAGAGGCUUGAUGCAAUGGGCAUGGUAUCUAAGAGCAAGCAAAAAUCUGAUGCUAUUAGAACAGAGGCUAUCUUUUUGGAUGUUGAUGGUCGUGCAUUUUGGAAAUUGAAAGGCUAUACUGGUGAAGAUGUUAUUUUACUUCAAGAUAUGGGGACCUGGGAUGCAGUUGCAUCUGACGAAAAAUGGUUUGUGUAUGGUGCUGAACAGAAACAAGCAAUUGAGAAAUACAUUUCUUUCUCAAGGGUCAAAAGGGAAAGGAAUCAAAAUGUUGCUCACACUGUUCCAAGGGGAAGUAAUGUAGCAAACAUCUAAUCUUGGAUAUUUUGCAAACGCAUUACCAUUAGAAUUGAGGUAGCAAAGAAGAAAGUGCGGGAUUUGAUUUCUACUGUACUUUGAAUGAAUUCUUUUGCUUUCAUUUUUUGAAGACGUGUAAAUGUAAAGGGAAGGGGAUUACGUUAAUAUUAAGUUGCAGGGUUUAGAGGAUGAUUUGCUAACAUGUGUUACAUCUGGUUGUACUGUAUUCCAAUGUAUCUACUAGUAAAAACUAGAUUUCUUUUUUAUUUGUAUGACAAUAGUGCUUUCUACUGAAGUACUGAUUUUCCUAAACUAUUUCUAGAAAUCUGAUGUAUCGUCAAUGUUGAAUUUGGUUUGAUAAA